AUGGACCGCCGGGCGAGCGAGCUGGUCGGCUACCCGAGCGGCAGCGGCCGUCGAUUCCGAACGCCCGCCACCGGCCUGGUGGGCCACACCUUCUCCCAAGGCGCGUCUUUCAACCUGCGGGACGCAAAAAAACACAGCCUUUUCGACGUCUCCUCGGACACGCCGCCGGGGAUCAGUGCCCAAUGCAUGCUCCUCGUGCCCGUUCUCAGCCAGCAGGGCGCCCCUAUCGGCCUGAUCCAGGUAGCGAACAAGCUCAGGAGAGGCGAGUGCGGGAGGGAGGGAGACGGCGGGGGUACCUUCUCCGCAAGGGACGUCGGAAUUCUGGGGUCGUUGGCGGUUCAGGUGGCCGUCGCCGUGGAGAACUGCCAGGCGUUCGCGCUCCGCAUGGAGAAGCGAAGCGACGCAAAGAACGUGCCGGUGCGGCGUUCCACGUUCGAGGCCGUUCGGGAUAUUGUCAUAGAGAUGCGAGACAAGCUGAACUGCGAGGGGGCCAAGGUGCACUUGGUGGAGGAAGCUCGGGCGGACCCCGACUUCGACAGGAACGUGGACAGCCAGGGGCUGCACGUCUCCACCAUGAUGGCCGCCCCGGUGGUGCACCCCUCCAGCGGCGCCGUGCUGGCCGUGGCGCAGGCCCUGAACAAGCGCCGGGCCUACUUCGACGUCCAGGAUGAGCGCUACCUCGAGGGCCUGGCCGCUCGGGCGGCGGCGAGCCUGGCGAACGCACGCCUGCACGACGAGUGGGUCAGAUGCUCCGGGCUCCACGCGUCCCUCGCCAAGCACGUCAGCUUCCUGGCAGCUUCCUCGCAGAGCGUUCUCAGGCUCUCGCAAGCUGCGGAGGACAUGUGCAACGAGCUGCUCCAAUGCCAGUCGUCCGCACUGAUGGUCCUCAAGGCAGACGGCACAGUAUUCCCGCCCAACACGCUGGGAGGCAAGGAUUUCGGCACUGCCAAACACAUCGCUGGCGCCCGGCACGCCGCGGAUUCGGGCGUCACGCAAAUUCAGCCCGCCGCCCAGCUGCAAGUGGACGAGUAUUCUGGCCAGGCGAUCAAGCCGCACAGGGUGGCGUACGUGCCGCUGAACAAGGGGGGGUCCGGGAAGGCCGUCGGGGUUAUGUGUCUGCAGAGGUGCAGCGUGUUUGAGAUGACGGAGCUGGAAAGGACGAUGCUGGCCUCUGUGGCCCGGCGGGUGGAAAUGCACCUGGAGGAAGCCCUUCACGCCGAAGGCAGUGCUUCGCCGCAAUGA